GAGCGCUAAUUACCUACACACCACCUUAUGUGAGCGACGGUUUUCCUACGAAGCAGUAGGCUACCUAGGAGGGCUACUAAAUAUGCCGUCGAACAACAACCAGAAGGUACAGACUGCAGCUGCCAGACUGGCCAAGAUGCCCAUGGUUCACUCUGCUUGUACCAAGCUGUCGGUCUUGUACAUCGACACUAAAAGCACCCACCCUAAACUGAGGUCUGUGUGUGAGGUGCUGGAGAGCAGUGUGACCGCUAUAGGCUCAGCAGCCUGUGACAGAGUUUCCCCUGUCAUUCAUAAACUGGAGCCCCAGAUUUCCAUUGCAAAUGAUGUUGCAUGUAAAAGUCUUGACUGGCUGGAGACUGUGUUCCCAGUGCUUCACACACCCACACAGCAGAUUGUUGCAACUGCAAAGAACAAGAUGCACGAGAUCCAGGCCGUGGUGAACAUCGCAGCCAGCGGAACUAUGGACUGUGUGCAGCACACAGUCACAUGGCUGAUCGGAAGGAUACAGCAGGCUGAUGACCAGUCACUUGUUGAGAGAACCAUCAGUGUGGCCAGUGCAGGACUGGACUCUACUCUGAUCAUGUCAGAGGCUCUGAUGGACCGAGUGUUUCCUCCCACUGAAGAAGAAGAAGAAGAAGAAGAAGCAGCUCACUUGUUGGAGGGUUUUGAGGCAGCCACACUCAGGAGCAGUUACUCUGUGCGACUGGUUUCCCUGGCUGCCAAGCUGUAUAGGAGGACCUACCACAUGGUUGGGUCCAAGAUGCAAUCUGUUCAGGUCAUUGAGAAUUUGUGCAGGUCUCCAGGUCUGGUUCAGGACCUUCAGACCAACUGGGUGACCUUGGCCUGGAGCAUCCAUGGGCUGCCUCGGUAUGUGCAGCAUCAGCUUGUGUCUGUGUGCUUCUUUAUGUCCCAGAUGUAUAACUUACGCUGCCCGCCAUCCAAACACCAGUCUAAUCAGGAUGAAAGUUGUUCCAAUGCUGCUGAGACCACAUCAUCUCACAAGGAUGUGGUCCAGGUCCCCCAACAACCUACACCUAUAAGCCGAAAGAGGCGGCCGACCAAGAUCGUGUUUGACCGAGGGUGUAAUGUUAAAGGAUGUGUUCGUCGUUGAGAUAGAAUACUGUUAUUAUUUGAUAAAGAUGUGUGCUGUGCCACAGCUCUUAAGAGAAUGCAACUGCAAAUUGUCAUAAAAUAAAACUUUAAUAUCAUGAACUUU